AUGGUCCAUAUUAUGUCCACAGGAAAUGACCUACCGGCAGAAAUUGUUUAUCAGAUUCUUAGUUUCCAGUUCAUGGACCUUAUGAGCAAUGAUCACCCUGGGAAUUCUGAAAAAUUCAACGAAAAUCUUCGAACCUUUAUCAGGAGUAAUCUCACUGUUAAUAGGACAUUCCAUCAUAUUUGUAGAGUACUGAUAUAUCGGUAUUGCAAUUUAACUACAGCUAAAAGAUUUCAUAGUUUACUAGGCACUUUGAGAAAUAAUAAACAGCUGCGAAAUAUUGUACAAAUAGCAGAUUUUCAAGAAUUAACGUCGAUAGGUCUGGGUAGAACUGGUGAGAUGAACAAAAUGAUUAAAAAUUUAACAAAUGAGACUGUCCUGGAGUUUUUAACCCUGACGCAAAGCACUCUACGAGAGUUUCUGGCAUGUGAGCAUAUUCAAGAUGAUUUGGAUGAGAAUGUAAUCCACUUCCUGUUACGACCAGGCACUGUAUUGAGUGUACUGGACUUUUGUGGCUGCUCAGGACAAAAGUUUACUGAUAGCUUCGUCGAAGCUCUUGCGAAGCUAUAUCGUUUUGACAAAGACAGAAAUAAAUCAGUAGCUAGGGAGGAAAAUUUUCAAAUUUCGUGUCUAGGAUUGAAUGAUUGCACAGAUUUGCCGCCCUCAGUGUUGACUGGAAUAUUGCAAAUGUUGCCUGAGUUACAAAAGCUAGAUUUGGGCCAUACUUCUGUUGACGAUGACACAUUAAUGAACGGGGUGCCACAUUUGAAAAACCUUACUCAUCUUUCAUUGGCAAUGUGUUUCAAGCUAUCUCCGAGAGGUCUAUUGGAAUUUUUCAGUCAUCACCCUGCAGUAACAGAUGAGAACAACAGCGAGACGUUGAAAUGGUUGAAUCUGUCCUGUACUCUCCAUUCUUCCGCAUUCACCGAAGUACAUACCAUGUUUCUUUUGAAGAAAUUAUGUCAGUACGGUCAUAACAAAACUUUGCAGUAUUUGAACAUCGGAGGUAUGCCUUUGCAUGAGUCACAUGAAAGAACAGCUGUCAGAUCAACGCAUUAUUAUCUUUAUCACGACUCGUUGCAUUUCAUUAAAAAUAACUUUCCAGAACUGAAGAGCUUGAGUAUCAGGGGAAACAAUGUGACCAUUCCAACUUUAUGCGAAUUUUUGUCACCAUCACUUGCACCUCCCGACGAACAGGAAGCAGAUGUGGACAAUGAUGAAGACAGAAAAGUGCAGCAGCUUAAAUUUCUAAACAUCAGUAGCAAUGCUAAUGUAAAUAAAUGGACUAUUCAGGAUCCUUCACUUUUUACAUGCUCUCCCAGUCUCGUAGCUUUGGAAAUUUCAUUCGAUGCUUGGCAACAAAUCGAAAAAGGUAACGAGAAACAUGAGAUCAAUGCCUUGUGUUAUAAGAACCCAAACGCUCUAAUAAAAGAUACAACAGAUGCGAAAUCUGUGAAAUGGAAAUGCUAUAUCGAUUCAACAUACGGAAGGAGAUACUGGAUUCAUAAAGUGGAUGAUUUUUUAAAUCGUGGUGACUUGGAUACUACCGGUAGCUUGGUAAACUACGAUUCUGAGGGUCACAAGAUAAUAAAAAUUGUCAAACAGCCUGAUUUUUUGAAAUUUGCACAAACAAAGAUCAUGUUAGGUUGCGGUAUCGUUCCUUUCAGUGGAAUCAGAAGAAAAGAGUGCUAUAGAGACUUGAAACCUCCCAUCUCUCAGUUUUUUACAAGAAAUGGCGGAGUAACUUGCGGCAACACCGCUACACCGAUACUUACUCCUCGACUUCCACCAGGUGGAUGGAGACUUAUUCAUCAUGAUGAUGGCAACAAUAAUAAUACAGGUGAUGCAAUCCUGGAACAAGAUGAAGAUCAUGUGUCUGAGGGACACCAAGAGCAAGAAGGUGACGAAUUUGACGAUUCAACCAGUUCUGUUUCAAGUAACCGGAUUCUUUCUCCUUCGUCAAGAUUGGGAAGUCGCGGAGGAUUUAGGGACGGGCUAUAUUGGGACCGCUCGAUGCAGAAUUUAAAUACACUUUCAGAUAAUGUGCAGCUUCGCAAUUUGGCAGAGGAGCAAAUGCUUUCUACACAACCACAAGAUCUAAUUGAAAACUUGGAAGAGCAAGUUGAGGAAAAUGAUGACGAGUAUCUUUUUGAUGUGGCACUGCAACGUAGGCGAUCUCAAUUAAACCUAUUUAGGCAUGACAUGUCACAUCGCUCACUUGAUCAAAGGCGAUUUGAAAGAGAUUCGUCGACCUCUGUUUUAUAUCCUGCUAAAAGACCAAAGAACUAUUUUCAAGAAAAGCCAGAAGAAUUCUUUUACGAUCCAAAAUAUCCUCAAACAACACUAAAAUAUAGAAUUCAUUUUCAGAUAGUUAAUGAAUAUGAAGUGUUUGGUUGUGUUGAACGUGGAAUGUACAGAUAUUACAGCCUGAAGAUGUAG